AAUUCUCUCUCACCCACCCAAUCUAGGGUUUUUACAUCUCUCCAUUUCCCCCCUCUUCACUCUAACCCGCGCCCCAAUCUCCAGAAUUUCCCGGCAGAAAUGGCAGACGAGGCGGUCUACGCUGCAGGAGGCGAAACGAACAAGCGCAAGUAUGAGGAUUCGCCGCCACCUGUGGGGCGCAGGUCGACCGGGUUCUCGUCGCCGCCCGAUUCCGCCGCUCCUCCGCCUUCGUACAACAACGUUCCGCCGCCACUGAACGAGAUCGAACUGGCUAAACAGAAGGUGCAGGAGAUUGCUGCGAGGCUUUUGAACAACGCCGAUCCUUCGAAGAGAGCGAGAGUUGAGAACGGAGCUGGCGCCGGUGGUGGAUAUGACGCUGUUGAUACAGGUGUUAGCCACAAGCACCCAGGUUUAGGUCUUGGUGGUCCAGCACAAAGUGCUUAUGGUCACCCAGGUCCGAGCAAGAAAAUUGAUAUUCCAAAUGGAAGGGUUGGUGUGAUAAUUGGCAAAGGUGGCGAGACUAUCAAGUACCUCCAACAACAGUCAGGAGCUAAGAUUCAGAUCACCAGAGACAUGGAUGCAGACCCUAACUCUACCUCAAGAGCAGUUGAGCUCAUGGGAACUCCGGAUCAGAUAGCCAAAGCAGAGCAAUUGAUCAAUGAUGUUCUUUCUGAGGCGGAUGCAGGUGGUUCUGGCAUAGUUUCCCGGCGGUUGACUGGGCCACAAUCUGGGGCUGAGCGAUUUGUUAUGAUGAUCGCUAAUAAUAAAGUGGGACUUGUUAUUGGCAAAGGAGGUGAAACUAUAAAAAGUAUGCAAGCAACGACUGGGGCUCGUAUCCAGGUUAUACCUUUGCAUCUGCCCCCCGGCGACAUGUCCAAGGAGAGGACUGUGCAGAUUGAUGGAACUAGUGAACAAAUUGAAGCUGCAAAACAGAUGGUUGAAGAAGUCACCAGUGAGAACCGCAUGAGAGGUCAGUCGAUGUCUGGGGGAUAUUCUCAGCAAGGUUAUCAAGCUAGGCCACCUACUAACUGGGCACAGCCAGGCCCACCUGGUCAACAACCCGGUUAUGGCUAUGUCCAACCCGGUGCAUACCCUGGUCCACCACAAUAUGGCAUGACUCAGCCUGCCUACUCCGCUUAUCCUCCUCAACCUGCAUCUGGUGGGUACAGAGCCGGCUGGGAUCAAUCAUCAACUGCUCAAAAUCAAGGUGGCUAUGAUUAUUACAACCAGCAACAACAAGCUCCCCCUGCUGCUCCGACUGAUGCUUCGGGCUACGGUUACAGUCAGGCCGCCUACAGCCAAGGGCAAGGCGGCUACGGCCAAGAUGGUUAUGGUGGAUAUCACGCUCAAUCCGGUUACGGCCAGCAACAGCAGAAUCCUAGUGCUGGGUAUGAUCAACAGCAGCAAGGCUACAACUCUGCCUAUCCAGCACCCGAUGGUCACACUCCUGCAUAUGGAUCACAAGGAGACCCCAACCAAGCGCCUGCAUCUGCGCAGUCGUACAGUCAAGCUACCAGCCAGCCUGGCUACGAGGCACAGGGCGGAUACGGAACCCAACCACCCUAUGGAAAUUACGCGACGCCUCAGUCUCAAAAACCAGGAAGUCAGCCUGCUGCCGCCUAUGCACAGCCUCAGCAAUCACCUAGUGCGCAAGGUGGUGCGUAUACUCAGCCUGGCUAUCCCCAUUCUCAGCCCCCACCUGCCCAGGCUAGCUAUGCUCAUGCUGAUUCCGGUGCUCAGAGACCUCCAUCGUCCGGUUACCCAGCAGCAGCCGCCCAACCUGGCUACGGCCAACAGCAGCCCCCACAAUACAGUGGUGGUGCCUAUGGUGCCACCUCACCUCAAGCGGCAGCCCAAUCCACUGGGGCUGCCAAAGCAUCGCCCCCCAGCUGAUGAGUCGAGUAGAAACCGUGGUGUUCGUAUUACUGUUGUUUGUCAUGCUCGUAUGAUUGUUCUAACUAGGUUUCUAGUGUAAGACAACUCGAUGGUUUCAUGUUUUUGUUACAGACUUGAAUGGUUUCUUGUUUUUGCUACUGACUUGCAACGACUGGAAAUUGUAUUCAGUGGAUUCAAAUUUCUCGUGGCAUUUUAUUUUCGAAUA